GUUGCAACCUGAAAAAAUGCCAAAUCUGUAAGUAAAAAUGUGAACUGAGGGAAAAUAUUUCUAAAUGAAGAUAUACCCUGCCACUAAAACCUGAGUCUUUUCGGGAUUGAUUUGCAAUAGCCUAAAUGGUCAUUACCACAAGUACAAUGGUCAUAGCAGCUUAGGUAGUAUUGGAAUUCUACUUGAUUGAUAUUUUAAAACAAAAUACCAAGACUGGAGACCCUGGAUGUAUACAACAAAGGUUAGUAAGUGUAAAGCUUGGACGCGAAAUAGAGCGUUUUCACUAUGAGGCCCGCAUCUAUGCGAAUCUGUUGGAACAAAAGAAAGUGUUUACGUAAGAAAAGGUUUAACUCCCUUAGGAUUGGUUUGGAACACCAAUAUGGCUGCCGUUUCAUUGAUUUGGAACACCAAUAUGGCUGCUCUGUCGUCAUGUGUAAACGCUAUAGAGAGGGUGUACAAUCUACGUGGAUGAAAACAGAAACUCUUGGGAAAAUUGUUCUAUGAGUUUCUGACACGGGUGGCUCGGAAGAAAAAAUCCGAUUUUGCCAACAGCAGUCGAACCUAUUACUUUCUGGUUACUAGUUGAGAUGUUUUAAUACUAAGCUAACAGAAGACUCGUGUGCGCUAAGGCCACUAAACUAGGUUCACGUGACAAACAUCCUACACACUGCUAAGACAUGAAUGUCUACAUGUGCUUAUGCGUAAUGAUAGAAAUGUGAUUGUAAAUUUUAAGGCUGCGGAAUACAUAAGAAAGAUGUUUCUUUCCCAUUCAGUGACAGGCCGCUCGAAAGAAAAACUAUGACCCUCUACUUACUACUUCAGAUCUUUUAUCACUCCUUUCAUUACAACAUCAGUUCGUUCAUAGCUCAAAAUUGUAAGAAUUCAGGUUCAAAUCAUGUAACUCUAAGCUUAUUUUUAAUUGAUAUGUACACAGCUUGUGGCAGUAUGUUAGCCGGAUCUCGUGGCAGGUUCACUACUCCUCACUUUCCCAAUGGGAACUCUGACCAUAUGGAUUGUGAGUGGAUCAUUGGAACAACUUCUGGACGAACUAUUAACUUGGAGUUUUUGUCUUUUGAUGUUGGAGGUAGGUUAAGAAUCUUCUGUUGAUAGAUAUCUCCCUCUCAUAGACCCCUUAGUCCAUCAUAUAUAACAUUUAUCACUACCGGAACCUUUGCGUUCAAAAACACAUUCUAGCGCAAUGAUUAUCUCCGGAAGAUAUGGCGUUGGGGAGUUUGAAUUUGAAGCUAAUCUUGUUUCACCCUUAGGUUCACGACCAUGUAAUAACUCUGUGUCCGUUUAUGAUGGCCAAACGUACAAGUCCAGGCUUAUUGGAAAAUUCUGCGGAUCUAGUGUACCGCCACUUGUCCGUUCAAGCUCAAACUACCUGUUAGUAAAGUUCCACUCUGAUGAAGGAACACCUUACAAAGGGUUUAGUGCUAGAUGGGACACCACUGCUGUUCCUACUCCGACUCCGACUGUAGGUAAGAAACACUUUAUGAAUGAUUCUCAAGAUAGAUUAGGUCGGAGGAUGUUUUCUUUGCCACUUGGGCUUCCGCCCUCGUUCCGCGAUCGCGGCCUCAUGCUUGUUCUCGAUCUGAAACACGCUAACAAAUCUGGUUGUUUGAUACAGGGUGCAGUGGUAUUAUCGUCAAACCAAAUGGAACUCUGGUUAGCCCUGGGUAUCCACGCUUUUACCCUCCAAAUACAGACUGCAUCUGGGUGAUCUCCGCUCCUAAAGGCCAUUACAUUGAGCUCGAAUUCAAGAGAUUCGAUAUUCAUAAAGUUGGUGAAGGUUGUGGGUAUGAUUACGUCGAAAUAAGAGAUGGAAACUCGAGGAAUUCACCAUCCUUUGGACGACGCUGUGGAAGAACAGGUAAUAAAACAUAAAAUGUCAACAAUAUAUUUGGAAUAAGUAGCAAAUCACUUCUCACUAUUAUAGGAGUCGGUAGUGCAUGGGGUAAUAACAUUUUUAUUUGUGUGUUACUAAUGCGCAAUCCUACAGUUUCUACUCCUUCUAAUCAGUUUCUGUAAGGCCUUCAUUACACGGCACUGGAAGGAGGAAUUUUCGACUGGUUGCAAAUUCGUACGUUUAGGUGUUUCUUUCACAUGGAACCACCUUUACCGUACGAAAAUUUAGACGCCUAGCCGUUUAAGAAUUAAGGGUAAAAAAUCGAGGCCGGCGCCAUGCGAACGCCAUGACUGUGACUGUCGAAAUUUUUGUACGGCAGAGGCGUGGUUGCAUGAAUGCGUGUCAACUCAGCCAUUUUGGAUUUGCUAAAGUAGCACUGCGCAUGGGUAGAUGGUUAAACCGCUAACAACAGUUAAAUUCAGCCUGGUUGGUCAUUUCCGUUAAACAGAGUGAAAAUUUCGAACGGUUCCAAAUGAGGGAAGUGUUCCGUACAAUUUUUUUUAACCGGUCGAAAAUUCGUACGCUGCCAUGCCAACGUAGCCUUAGUUUACCUCUAGGUGUGGCGCGCGGGAGAGUUCUUUUGAACAACUUGUUAGAACGUUUUAAGGUUCCCAACACCACCUGACCAUUUCCUAGGAAAUAUGUAGACAUUUAACAAGCGCUCCCACGUUUGGCCAAGAAACUUCCCAGCGCUUCCUGCGUACAAGAGCGAAAUUAUUGCUUUGCAUUAGGAAGAACUUACCCUGAUCGUCUGCGUCUUCCUCCAUCGCGGUGUGGUACCGUUCGUCUGCUGUGUUUCGUGAGCCGUGGAAUUUAGCUAACCAUCACCGUUAGAACUUACCAUGUGAAUUAUAUAUUUCAGGGGAAAAUUUCACAACGAUCUCCAACCAGGCGCGCAUCCGGUUUCACUCAGACGACUCGUACGAGAGGCGGGGGUUUUUUAUGACUUGGAGGAGUGUGGCAACCAGCACCCCAGAGCCUCCUACAAAACGUGAGACAAUUAUAUCUAGACAAAAUGAUAUAGGCAUUCACGUUUUACAAAUUGCCAUGCUGGAGAGGAAGAAAGGCAUUGAGAGAAGAGAGAACCAAAGAGCUCUCAUCGUUUAAUUUCUUCGGCUCCCAGUGCGUCUCCUGCUUUACAGUAUGGCAGUUUUGUACCACGUAAAUAACUAGCUACAAGCAUAGUUAUUUUAAAAAGUAGGAUACCAGUCCCCUCUACUAACAAUGCUGUAAGGUUCCCUUAUUGUACAAGUGUGGUGACAUGGUCGAGCAGUUAUUAUCGCGUCGUAAUAAGAUUCGUUGAGUCCGGCGCGGGGUUAGAGCCUUUCGAACGCGUUGUUGUAUUAGACAAGAAACUUUACCCCACUUAGGUGCUUCUUGUUACUAAAACCGGGUUAAACACUGGCCAUGUGAACCUUGCGAGCAAGCUCUCCCGAGGAUAUGGGGGUAGGAAAGGGAAGGAAAGAGGAGAUCUCUCUUUCCCUUCUCCAACCUCAUUCUCGCUUGCGGGCUAGCUCGAAGUCUUCCUCUACUUUUUUUUCGUGAUGUUAAGUAAAACCAUUCUGUCGUCUAAUAGAGCCAUCAUUCAUUCUAUUGUAACUAUCGUUCUUUUUUUCAGUUGAGCCUGCAGUCAACUAUGGGGGCGCAAAAGCAAUGUUCGUGUUUAACACUAUCUUCACUAUUGUCAGUACCAAAAUUACAAUUGGUUUAAACACCAAAAUGUGAGAGAACUUCACAAACCAAUAUGUUUCGAAAUAGCUAGUUUUCCAGCGAACAUCCUUGCAAAGAAUCUCCCCUGAAUCUAAAUACCAACGAAAUUCUCGAGAAGGGGCGGAUUAACAAGUGAAAUUGUAAUCUUUUCUUUGCUAUCGUUCUCAAAUCUUAUUAUUGUUUGAAUCCUCCUUCAAAAUGGGUUUAGGACGUUUUAUUUUGUUAAGUGCUUUUCUGUAGGUUCGUGCAUUCUAUGGGCGGUUAUAAAAACAUUCUUUGCGGGGAAAAGCGUUUUGUAGCCUAACAAAACAGAGAAAUUGCUGUAUUAGCUUGAUCAUUACCAGGUGGCUGUUUUGGAAGUCAUUAUAUUUCACUCAUUUAUACUUUCUACCAUUGCGUUUGUAGCGGUGUGUCCCCGUGGUUGGGUAUCUCAUGUGAUUGAUGGAACAGAUAAGGUGUAUUGCUAUUUGGUGAGACUCAACAAGCUCACCUGGGACCUGGCAAGGAAAGACUGCAUCAACUCGAAUUCUGAACUGCUCAGUAUCGCUAAUGCCCAAGAACAAGAGUUUGUGACUAAGCAUCUUCUAGCCAGGUCAUUCAUGUGGAUUGGAUACAACGAUCUCGAACGGGAGGGCGCCUGGACUUGGAGUGACAGGUAUUUUGUUUGUCAUGUGGGCAAUUUAAACAAGCAGUACGUGCACUGAGCGUUUUCACAUGACGUCACGUCUGCCAUGUUAGGGAGCGUAAGCAGAAGACGCACGCCAACCGGAAGUUGGGUCUUUUCCCUACCAAAUUUGUAUUGUUAGGUCCCUUUGCUCUCAUAAAACAAUUUGCUCGAAAAUUCAAAAAGCACACUUCCGGUUGACGUGCGUCGCCCUAAAACGUCUUUGCUUAUUAAGCUCCCUAUUGGUGUUCCAAAACAAUAAAACGGCGGCCUUGUUGGUGUUCCAAACCAGUCCUGUGGGAGUUGAAUCACGUGAGUGAAAACGUUCUACAGACCAUCUUAGCUUGUUUUUUUCCAAUUCAACCUAAGUGGUGUUGUUAACCCGGGGAACUAUUUAUUUCAGAUCGCGUCCUAUCGACGUGCAUGUGUAUGCAUAGUCUAUGAAAGACAAAAGGCGAAUUCCCUUAAAAGCACAUUCGGUGGUUUGAAUUUGAAAAAAAUAAACAUACAAGUCGAAAAUGACUAAUCGACACUUAAGAGACGGAGGGAAUUUUCCUUGUUGAAGAACCAGGUGACGCUUUUAUCCUAUCAGUCCUGAAGCGAAGAAAGAUGGCAAGUAUCGUAAAUAAAGUCUGUUGUUAUCAUACUUCCAAGAUCUGCCUGCGGGAAAACAUUUUUAGAACUAGACGUAAGGGCCUGUUUACAUUGAAGUGGAAGACCUUAGGUAGGUGAGGGAACUCGCCUGUUUAUAUAAUCUCUAAUUUUACCUUGAUCACGUUUACAUGAUCUUGGGUCCCCUACCUCCAUGUAAACAGGCCCUAAAUGCUCAAUGGAGUCAAAGAUUGUGGGUGCUUUGAAGCUAAUAUUUUCUUUUACGCCCUUUAGAACACCAAUCAGGUACCAGAAUUGGGCAACGGGUGAUCCCAACAAUGGAGGCUCUUAUAGAAUAAGCAAGGAUACAUCCAGGAACGACUGUAUAAAAUGUGAAAACUGUGCCGUAUUGAAAUCUGAUGGAAAAUGGAACGAUUACCCCUGUACGUUUAGGUUCAAGUACAUUUGCAAGGCCAGUGCAAGUAAGUUG